AUGGAUAUAGCGAAAUCUUUAUUUAGUUCGCGUGACCACGUCGGUUACGUUGGUCGUGAAGAACACGAACGUAAGUUAAGUGCUGCUCUAGCAGAUGAUGACCCAGAAGAUGUAAUAGAUGCAAUCCGUGGUAUGAAUGUAGCUGAUGAACUUCUACCAGCACCGGGAGGGUCAUUCUCAGCGCUUACACCGAGUAUGGUGCCUCAAGAUAUAAUGGCUAAACUUGCACAACCUGAGUCAGAAGGUCACGGUGGUCUUCCCGACUACAGGUUUGACGAAUUUGGGUUUUGUGUUGAUGAGGAGGACGGACCCGAGCAAAGUUCUAAUAAAUUGCUUGCCUCAUCGUUUAUUGAAGAUGACCAACAUCGCCUUCAAUGGGAAUUUUUUAGUAAAGAGAUUAAUUUCUGUGAAAACGACAAUAAAAUGGAAAAAACCGAUAAGUUACAAAACUUGGUUAAGGAUGGAAUACCACACUCGCUUAGACCACAAGUGUGGAUGCACCUUUGUGGAGCUAAUAGAAAACACUUAACAACAGAAAUAACAUAUCAUGAAAUUGUUAGAGCAUCAAGUGAUGAUGGUUUGGUCACAAGUAAACAAAUUGAAAAGGAUCUGGUGCAAAUUUUACCAAACAAUGUGUGCUUUUCCCAUCCAACAAGCACUGGUGUACCACGCUUGAGAAGAAUUUUGAGGGCUCUUGCUUGGCUUUACCCAGAUAUUGGUUACUGUCAGGGAACUGGUAUGAUUGCUGCAUCCCUUUUGUUACUCAUGGAAGAAGAAGAGGCCUUUUGGAUAAUGUGCACAACUGUAGAGGACCUGUUGCCAGCAUCAUAUUACUCUUCUACUUUAAUAGGUAUACAAGCUGAUCAAAAAGUUCUUAGAAGUCUUAUAUCAUCUUAUUUGCCAGGAAUUGAUCAAGUCUUAAAUGCUCAUGAUAUUGAACUGUCUCUUAUUACUAUGCAUUGGUUUUUAACUCUAUAUGCAAAUGUUGUUCAUAUAAAAAUUUUACUGAGAGUUUGGGAUCUUUUCUUUUUAGAUGGUUCCAUUGUACUUUUUAAAGUGACGCUAGCAAUGUUGAAAAUCAAGGAAAACAGAUUUACAGAAAUAUCAAAUUCGGCUCAAAUCUUUAAUGCACUAUCAGAUAUUCCUGGUGAAAUUGAUGAUGUGGAUCUUUUAAUAAAAACUAUUGAUGAGGUUUGUGGAGACACAUUAAGCCCUGCACUUAUAGAAACACAUCGGAGAAGACACCUAGCCUAUUUAAUGGCUGAUCAAGGAGCUCUAGUUGGAAAUCCAAAUGCUGUCCCUAAUCUUCCAAAGCAGCAGUUACAACGGCGUCAAAUCAAGAGAAGUAAAUCAGUGAUCCAAACCAUGCUCUUUGGAGAUGAUACUAAUAAUGAAGAUGCUGUAUCUAAGAAUGUAAAACAAACUGAAAUUCUUGUUGAUCUUAGAGAAGCAAUUUUACAAGUUGCCAGGCAUUUCCUUGCCUUAGAACCACAGUUAACUUCUGAAGUUCAGCUCACAGCUGACUACAGCAUGCAAAGCCAUGCUGCUGAUAGGGAAAGGUAUGUUAAUGUUUCAAAAAGUAAACGAAGAAGGGCUAAAGCAUUAUUAGACUUUGAAAGAAGAGAUGGCAAUGAACUUGGCUUUAGAAAAAAUGAUGUCAUUGAAGUUAUAAAUUCACGUGAUGAACAUUGUUGGAUAGGUGAAUUAAAUGGGCUAAGAGGUUGGUUUCCAGCAAGAUUUGUUAAAUUAUUAGAUGAAAAAGGGGUUAAAUACAGUCGAGCUGGAGAUGAUUCAGUUACAGAAAAAGCUGCCCAUUUAGUCAGAGGAGUACUUGCACCUGCCUUUAAAAGAGUAUUACUUCAUGGUAUUAAAAAGCCAAGCUUUUUAGAUGGUCCCUGUCACCCAUGGCUAUUUAUUGAGGAAGCUUCUUCUAGGGAAGUUGAGAGGCACUUUAAUUCUGUCUACAGUCGUUUAGUUUUAUGUAAAACAUACAGAUUAGAUGAAGAUGGUAAAGUGUUAACUCCUGAAGAAUUAUUAUAUAGAUGUGUCCAAGCCAUUAAUUUAUCUCAUAACAAUGCCCAUGCACAGAUGGACGUCAAGUUGCGGACUCUUAUUUGUAUGGGAUUAAAUGAGGAAGCAUUACAUUUGUGGCUUGAAGUCCUAUGUUCAUGUGUUGAUGUUGUCCAAAAAUGGUACCACCCAUGGUCAUUUAUAAAUUCCCCAGGGUGGGUACAAAUUAAAUGUGAGUUACGCAUAUUGUCACAAUUUGGCUUUAACUUAAAUCCAAAUUGGGAACUUCCACUUAAGAAAGAUACACAGAAUCAGCCAUUAAAAGAAGGGGUCAGAGAUAUGUUAGUUAAACAUCACUUAUUUUCAUGGGAUUUGUGA